AAGCAUAGAAAAUUGUUAAAAACUAAGCAUAGAAAAUUGUUAAUAUUGGUUACAGUCAACCGACAGGAUUAACAAUUUACAAUUUUAUUUCAUUAACAAUAGAAUUUUACAGUACAUGACAGUCAAUUCCGGACAUCUGAGAUUUUCGAAAUCACGCACUUCUGUACAAUCUAUCGCCAUAAAAAUUUAUCGGCGUUUUUUCUUACCUUCUUUUUAUUUAACUUUCCCAUAAAAAAAAACUAAAUUAGAGAUUUUGUCAAACAGGCAAUUAUUAAGUUUUUUAAAAUUGAAAACAACAUUUCAAAAAUCAUUUUAUUAGAAAACGUUUCUGUUUCUGUUCUGUUUUGCACAAUUCUAUAAGUAAACAACUGGAGUUUUAGGAUGAAAUGCAUCAAAAAACGUAAGUGUCCGCAAUUAACUCAUCCAUACUGAAGGGGAAGGUAGGUAAAGACAGACACGUUAAGGGAAAUGGUAAAAAUCUAGGGAUAUAUAAGUGAAACGACCAUGAAAAUGUGCAUAUAUUAUCUUACACUCAUGUUUUAUCAGAAAAUGUGUUAAAACUGUUAAGUUUCUAUCGAUUUUUGCGUUUUUUUUCAUGAAUAAAAAACUUGUUUUUUUCGUUCGGUUUUGAAAUGUUCGGGUAAGACGGACACCUGAUAUGGGAAAGAUGGACACCAUGAAGGGUAAGAUGGACACCUGUAGAAAACGUUGGAAAGUGAAGAGUUUUACAGUAUUUUAACUGAUUCUAUCGCUUAACACGUCCUGGUACGUUUAUAAACCAAUUCUUGGCCUAUUACAACAACGAUUCAUUCAGCCGUGGCUUUAGAAAUUGUAAGCACUGGUUCUAAUAUAUCGUAGAAUGCAGCAUCUAAAGCAUUAUUGAAAUAUCGCGCACUUACAGCUGACGUUGCUCCAGCUUACAGAACAACAGUCUAGAACUUCCUUUAAGGAAAUCACUCCGCGAAAAGACCACGACCCCAGUAUUUUUUAAGGGACUUGUUAAUAGUUUGAUCCAUUUUCCACCAUGUCAGUCAAAAUUCAACAUUUAAGUUUUGUAAUCCCAUAGAAUUUCUCAUCUAUUCCUGAACAAUGUCGUAUCAAUGCCUCAUCUUUUUAUUGCUUAAAGAUGUCCAAGUCGUGACAAGAUAUUGGAUUUUGUGAAGCGCCUCAUCAGCGUCGAGCGAGUAAUAGCAUAACGAAUGGCUACUAUUUUGACCGGUGUUUCAUUUCUCCCUUAUAUCAAGACUUUCUCUAGUUGCUAAUUGGUUUAUAGCUUCGGAAUACCCUUAUUUAAGGUAUUUGAAGAAAUCUAUUCAUCACCAAUUCAUAUAAGAAGUAAUAUAAAUCUAUAAGUUCGGUGUCCAUCUUUCCCUUCAACAAAGUGUCCGUCUUUCCCGCUUUGGUGUCAGGAUGUUUAAACCACCAGAAAACAACAUUUUGUAUAACUUUCAUUCUCGUUCUUUCGCCAGUUUUUACAUUAAUGAUCACGACAACCCAAUCAUGAAACAAAACUUCCGGAAAUAUAAACAAUACAAAUUGUAGAGCUUAAGAUCGGCAGUAGUCAAAUUAGAUCCACAAGGGUGCACAUGAUUGAAAAUUUAUUUUGUUCGUGGAUUUAACCAAUUUUGCAUAUAUUAUGCCAAAAAUGUUCUCAAAUGUGUUGUUCAACUUUAACUUAGGAUGCUGCAUUCUUAAUGUUUUCGAAAAUAUCCAUUUUGAUGCAUUUAUGAGAAGUGUCCAUCUUACCCGCAGUGUCCGUCUUUACCUACCUUCUCUUAUAUGUUUGCCUUCUGUGUGUUCGUUCAUACCAUUGUCAUAGCAACUAUGGUGCAUUGAAAGCCUCAACAAAGUUUUGAUCGAUUUGUAUGCUGUUGUUGAUGUGCUGUGUUCCAGUGUAAGACAACUCUAUAGACAUGGUAAAAGAUCUAGACUUUAUACAAGAUAUCAAUGAAAAAUAUGGCGGGUUAGAGUUCGAAUUACACGGAAAACUUGAAGAAAUUGUGAAAAUGGAACACUCGCUGCAAGUAAAUGAAGCAAAAACCAAUGACAAAUCCAAAACUGGUAAAGUUGAAUCUUUCAGCUACUCGACGGAAACAAUGAAGCGAAGGAAUCAUGAACUGUUGAAAUCGUUGGAAAUUUCCAAAGCCAGACUACGGUCUCGUGCUACUUUUAGCCCGUUGGAAGCGAUUUUACAGAAGGCGAUUGGAAAUUAUCUGAAAGAAACUUCGCUAGUUCCAUGCAGCACAAAAAAAGUGUACGGGCCCACCUAUGUUUAAUGAGGCUUUCGUGAUUCCAUUUUCGUACAUCAUUAUGCUGACACAAUUAUAAGGAUGUUUCUUGAAAAUGAAGAAAAAAAUACAAUAGUA